UUUGUUUUUUUUGUGCAGCUAAUUGUACUCUAUAUAAAAAGAUGUCAUCGUCUGUCCUUCAAAAGCAGAUGUGGUCCAGGUGUUUACAAAGAGUGUUGUUUUGAACAAGGGCCAGUUUCAAAUACUGAGUAUUAGCAGGUGAUGUGAUCCUCCAGUUGGCUGUGUGUGCUUCAGAAAGGGCUGAAAAAAAGAAAAAUAAUAAUAAUUGUCAGACGUCUACUUUCACAAAACACCCUCAUCUUGCUACUUGUGGGGAAAAAAAAAAAAAAAAAAGGAGUGGGAUGUUGAACACACUAUCACCAGCUCAGGAGGUGAAACAGUCCCUUCUGUGUUUGAAGGAGGAGAUCAUGAACUCCUCAAGGCUUCUUGGAAAGGCUCGACCUGCCCUUUGGACCAGCGGCUGAUAAAAGGACAGUCAGUCCUUGUCAGGACAGCAAUGAUGAAGAGGUGCAACUUGAAUGUUAACAUUUGUUAGGCUUGUAACCUGGUUUCCACCCAAGUUUUCAACCAUGUCUCGAAAGUCGUGGAUUGAGGAAACCUUCUACAGGAGAGAGUGCGUGAAGUUUAUCCCCUCGUCUUGUGACCUACACAGAUGUGUUCCACUAUGCCAAGUAUGCCAAAACUUGAUCAGAUGUUGUUGUGGCCGCCUGAUGGGGGAACACUCUUGGCAAGAUUCCCUUCCUCCAGUUUCCCUCUAUACUGGUACUGGACAGGAUGUGGAAGAAGACUGGUCCACAGAGCGCCACACCAAGGCCAGUCCCACAAACGCCUAUGGGACUGUAGAUUUCGAAGAUACCGCCACCCGUGUCUGUCGGGCCAAGUAUGUUCGUGUGGCUGUGGAUUCCAAGCCAGAAGCGCUUCUCCAGCUGAUGCUGAGGGAGUGGCAGAUGGAGAGACCUAAGCUACUGCUGACUAUCCACGGAGGCUCAGAAAACUUUAACUUACCCCCUAAAGUCAAGCAGGCGUUUAGCAAAGGGCUGAUCACUGCUGCCCUCAGCACAGGGGCGUGGAUACUCACUGACGGUAUCAAUACAGGUGUGUCUAAGUAUGUAGGCGAGGCAGUGAAAAUAUUUGGAGGACAUGAGCUGAGGACGAGAAACACAGUUGGCAUUACACCGUGGGGAGCGAUUGACAACAACACGGACCUCAUAGGCAGAGAUGUUUUCAGGCCCUACCAGCCGCUGGGGAACCCUUUGAGCAAGAGGUCCUGUCUUAACGGUUUCCACUCCCACUUUCUGUUGGUGGAUGACGGAACGCUGGGGAAACACGGCUGUCAGCAGGGCCUCAGGAGGAAGCUGGAGAAGCACAUCCAGCUACAGAAGAUACAUCCCCGUCUGAACCAAGGAGUGCCUGCAGUAUGUGUGGUGGUGGAAGGAGGUCCUGCCAUUGUUUCUACGGUGUUACAGUAUGUCAGCAGUGCUCCCCCUGUGCCAGUGUUUGUGUUUGAGGGGUCGGGCAGGGCAGCAGACCUGCUCGCCUUUUUGCACAAGCAGACGGCUAUGGACAGCCAGUUGGAGGCUGACAUUAAAGAGGAUUUCCUUGUGAGGAUUGGAGAUGUGUUUGGAGUGGAGAGGACAGAAGCCACUCACCUCUACACUCUCCUCCUGCAGUGCAUGGAUCACAGACAGUCUAUAACCAUCUUUGACCCAGAGUCAGACGACCAGAUGGCACCGGAUGCGGCCAUCUUGACUACUACUCUCAAGGGCACCAAGGCCAGUCCUGCAGAGCAACUAAGUAUGGCUUUAGCUUGGGACAGAGCUGACAUCGCACAAAAAGACGUCCUGGUGUAUGGACAGCAUUGGCAGGUGGGGUCCUUGGAGCAAGCCAUGCUGGAUGCUCUGGUGAUGGACCGGGUUAGUUUUGUUAAAAUGCUGAUUGACAAUGGCAUGACCAUGAGCCGCUUCCUCACUGUGGAUCGUCUGGAAGAACUCUACAACAUGCCACAGGGGCAGACCCGACGUUUCCUGCAUCACCUUGUUGAAGACGCAAAACAGACUUCUCUUCCCAUAGGUUACCGUCUUUCACUCAUUGACAUGGGCCUGGUGAUAGAAUACCUCAUUGGAGGAGCUUAUCGAAGCACCUACACACGGAAACACUUCAGAGCAGCAUACAGUCGCAUGCAGGACAAAGAGGGCAAACUGGACAGUUCUGGCUCUUUUUCCAACAACAGACGUGGACUGAUUGCAAACUCUCAGAGGAGACGAAGUCUCCAGGACCUGCAUUUCUUUAGAACUGCUCAGCCCUACAAACGUAAGGAUCAAGAAGCGUCACCUGGGACCAGUCAGAAGAAGACGUCAGAGACUCCAGGCCUCGGAGAUGCUUCCUUGCUGGUUCCUUUCAACUUCAACGACCUGUUUGUGUGGGCUGUGCUUCAGCAGCGGCAGCAGAUGGCACUGUUCCUUUGGCAACACGGUGAAGAAGCUUUGGCACGUGCGACUGUGGCCUGUAAACUUUACCGCUCCAUGGCCUUUGAGGCACGACUGAGCAGCAUGGACGACAACAUUGUGGAGCGAUUCAGGACAUAUUCACUUGAGUUUGGCCAGCUGGCAGUGGACGUGUUAGAUUGUGCCUUUCGUCAGAACGAGCAAAUGGCUAUGAAGCUGCUGACGUCUGAGAUGGAGGCCUGGAGUCGCUUCACCUGUCUACAGAUGGCUGUGUCCUCGUGUCAUAGACCGUUCGUCUCACACUCCUGCACUCAGACCCUCCUUACAGAUCUCUGGAGUGGUCCACUCAACAUGAGAAAAAACUCCUUUUUGAAGAUAGUUUUGAGCCUUCUUAUGCCCCCUGCCAUCUUCAUACUGGAGUUUAAAAGCAAAGCUGAAAUGUGCCAUGUACCACAGACCCAUGAGACAAUGCUGUUUGGACUUGACUCUGUCAUGUCAGCACCAGCCACCGAGGGAACCGAUCACAUGGGCAGUCAGGAUGCAGAGCGAGGCGCCUCUUUCCGUGACAAGUGUCACGAUCCUGUCUUAGAACCGAUGCCCUCCCUCACUGUGCAGUGUCUGUCCUGGAUCACAAGACUCUAUGAUUUCUACACGGCUCCCGUUGUCAAGUUCUGGUUUCACACAAUGUCCUACCUGGCUUUUCUGAUGUUAUUCUCCUACGUUGUCCUGGUGAAGAUGGAUGAUCAACCCAGUGUUCAGGAGUGGCUGGUCAUAGUCUACAUCUUGUCCACUGCAGUGGAGAAAACCAGAGAGGUAUUAAUGUCUGAGCCGAGGAAGCUGAGCCAGAAGCUGAAGAUUUGGUUCUCAGAGUACUGGAACAUAUCAGAUUUUGUUGCCAUCCUCCUUUUCCUGGCUGGACUAGCAAUGCGUUGGCAGGCUGAUCCUUACCGGACAGCAGGACGCGUUUCUUACUGUCUCAACAUCAUCUUCUGGUUCAUCAAGGUGUUGGAUCUGCUGGCUGUCAAUCAGCACGCCGGCCCUUAUCUCACCAUGAUCACAAAGAUGACUAGUAACAUGUUCUUCAUCGUGGUGAUGAUGGCAAUAGUGCUGCUGAGCUUCGGGGUGUCCAGGAAAGCCAUCCUGUCACCAGAUGAGGAGCCGUCCUGGGGCCUAGCUCGAGACAUAGUGUUCCAGCCCUACUGGAUGAUAUAUGGAGAGGUCUACGCAGGAGAGAUAGAUCCAUGUGAAAAUGGCGAGCCGUGUGCUCCUGCAUCCUUUCUUAUGCCAUUCCUCCAGGCAGUCUACAUGUUCGUCCAGUACAUCAUCAUGGUCAACAUUCUGAUUGCAUUUUUUAACAACAUCUACUUUGACAUGGCAUCAACAUCCAACAAACUGUGGAAGUACAACCGGUAUCGCUACAUAAUGACCUUUCAGGAGAGACCAUGGUUGCCCCCGCCUCUUAUCCUCCUCAGUCACUUGGCUCUAGGAUUGAGAGCCAUCUACAGGAAGUUUAGUGGAGACAGUGAGCGGGAGGAGAGAGUCUCUGGACUUAAGCUCAACUUGGGCCAUGAGGAUCGCAAGAAGCUCAAUGAGUUUGAGGAGAGAUGUGUACAGACCUACUUUCAUGAAAAGAGCGCAGGUGUCCACAGUAGUCAGAUCAACAGGAUCAGAGCCACAGCUGAGAGAGCAGAGGAGAUGUUCAUGAUGGUCGGUGAGGUCUCAGAGAAGGUCAACUUCAUUCAGGACAGCCUGUCAGACUUAGACUGUCAGCUGGGACAACUGCAGGACCUUUCAGCGCUGGCUGUGGACACCCUCACUUUGCUCUCUGCGUCCGACAGCCUGCAUCAGGAGGAGGCACGCCUGGCGCAGUGUCGAGUCCUCACGGCAUCCCAGCACGUUCUCCCUCACAGUUGGACCCUUCCACACAGACACAGAGCAGACUCUGAUCUUCCUAGUAUGCGGCGUCUGACGGCCAAGUCGUGUAAAAGUACGCCGCCCUCUUUGCUAAAGGGCUACACUCUGGCGGCGAGUAAGCUGGCAUCACAGGAGCGCCAUGUAGACACCAGUAAAAGCUUUGGAGGAAGUCAUGGACUGACUGAUGAGGAAAAGGACACGGCAAAGGAGUCUGCUGCUGUUGACCUUCCUACUGAGAUUUGGCUGGAAGUUUCUAGACCUGCGUCCCAUUCGUCCUUAUUUCCCAGUUACGGUGGUGGAGUUCAUUUUAGUGGUGUUAGGGAACAGACCUCCUGUGAGUCCUAUGAACCAUCCCGCUGUGGGUCUCCACUUUCUCCCAGAGGCUUGGAGUCACCACAUCAUAAACUCUGGACACGUGACCCGUACUUGUAUCCCAAUCAGGAGGAAACUUCCAUGGAAGAGGGAGAAGAGGAGGAAGAUGAAGCAGAGGGAGAGGAGGAAAGUGCACAGCCUAAUAUAGAUGUGUGCAGAACCUCUAGCAAUACUUUCCUUCUGUCUGUCCCACGAAACAUCUCUGAGGGUUUCAUCAAUCCGGCCUUUUCUCCCGAUGAUGGUGAACCAAGUUCUCGAUCCAGAUAUUCCAGUCAAUUGGGAGGAGCUGGGGAAUCUUCCAGAGAGUUGCAUAAGUCCAGAGACCUGCCAUAUGGCUACUGCAGGUCUCUGUCAUCCAGUAUGGAGAAUAUGACUUUCACUGGUGCACGACUCAGUCCUAUGAGGGGCUCAUUUCCUUCUCUUGACGAAGGGGGGAGGAACUCUGAGGACAACAAAUCACUACAAGGCAGCAAGAGCCAAGAGUGGUCCAAGUCCUCCGACUUCACUCAAGUCCUGGACAGCAGAGUCAAAGGCCAGAGCAGGAAGACAGUGAAGAUACAGGAGAGCCAUCUAGACAAUGUUUCCAAAACCAUGCAGUCUGAUAUGUCCUGGAGAAAACGACAGAAGUUAAGAGGAGAACCUACAUGUUGGUCAGCUUCAACCAGCCUCAGUCAGCUCAAUUUUGAACCCACGAAUUUGCUGCCGAAACAGGUGACUUGCCAUCAGGAAAUGCGGAGCCCCACUCAUUCAGCAUGGAACAGCUGGGUCAUGUCUGUGAGUCGGAAAUCUUCUUUACAGAGUGGAAUUGCCCCUGAAGCCAAAAGCUCCUCAUUCCAAUCCACCGACAACUUGUAUCCACACUAUUCAGCUGUGGAGAGAAACAAUCUGAUGAGGCUGGCCCAGACCAUCCCUUUCACCCCUGUUUCCAUUUUAGGUGGUGAAGAGGUGAGUGUCUACUCUCUGGAGGAAGUACCGUCUGAUUCUAAUCCUGGAUCCAGCUCAGUCUCUUCCUGGUCAUCCCGAGGCCAGUCUGCCAUGCUGCAGCCCCUCUCCAGUGAAGAGGGCUCCCUGGACGGGGGUCUCCGGCAGGGCUGCAGGAUGCUGUGUACCUGGGCAGAACAGGAAGUGCUCAAACCUGGCCACGUAUAUGUAGUUAAAGCCUUCAAACCAGAUGUGGUUCGGGCUUGGCAGAGGUACUUCCAUGGCAGCACGGCACUGCAGCUUUGCUUAAGGGAAAUCCAGCAGCAGAGAGCAGCCCAGAAGAUGAUGCAGGUGUUUAACAUGAUCAAACCUGAGGAUAUGCACCAUUCACCAAGGUUUCUAGAUGUAUCACUGGUCCUCUGGCAUUCUAAUGGUCAGUGGAUGACUAUUGAGAGGAACGUGUCUGGUGACUUCAGGAAAUAUAACAACAACACAGGAGAAGAGAUCACCCCCUGCUGUUCACUGGAGGAAAUGCUGCUUGCUUUCUCCCACUGGACCUAUGAGUACUCAUGCAAAGAUAUGUUGGUUCUCGAUAUACAAGGGGUAGGAGAGAUCCUGACUGAUCCAACAGUCAUAAUGGCAGAUGACCAAAGCGGUAACAGGGGUGAGAUGCUUUUUGGUGCUGACAACCUCGGAGAUGCUGCCAUCACUGGUUUCCGGCAGAAACACUCCUGCAGCAUCAGCUGCCGCAGACUGGGCCUAACAGAUUUAAGGAAGCAUGUGGACAGCCGCGAGAUCGACACCGAGGCAGAGCCGACGCCGGAGAAACAAGAAGAAGACGAUGAAACCCAGAUAUAACCUUUCAACUGGGAAGUAGGGAAAAGAAAGCACAUGCACUUUUUCUUAGACUGAUAUUUUCAUGAAACACUUUUGUUGGUGUCUGUGUUAGCACUGGUUUCUUUGCAGUAUAAACAAGGAGAUGAAGAAGUGCCUUCUCACUAUAAGAGCGGUCAGUAGAUAUUAUGAGGAUUAUUGCAAUUUGCACAAAGUAUGCUAAUAUAUUUUUUCAUUGUAUGAAGUAAAGACUUUCAGGAGGAAGGCAGUGUUGCAGAAUACUCUUAUCAGGAAAUCUAGUAUCUCACGAGUCAUUAAGAAAUACAGCAAUAACAGAUCAUUUUAUUUAAGUCUUAACUAAAAUCUUAAUUAUUGCUUUUUACAUUUGUAUUACAUUCAUUUACUGGGAUGACUGUUAUAUGAUUAGCCAAAAUAAAAAAAAAUGUGAGUCAGAAAAAACAGUCAAGGAUGCACCCAUAAAAUUUCUUUUAUUUUUUUUCUUCCCACAACAAAAUGUCUACAAAAGCGAUAAAAUAUAGAAUUUAACAAAAAUCACUUCAGACCUUCACAUUGUAUAUACAUCUCAGAGGAGGACUCACUAAGGCCCCUGCAUAGCUCUGAACUUCAGCCCAGUCUGAUCCAUCAAAUAUGGGUGUUUGUGGCUCUCUUUAUUGCAAAUGCAUGCAUGCACACACACACACUCUUUCAUUCUCAUGUGAAAAUGAAACCUUUGCAGUAGAGCUCAUGGAUUUAAAGUCAGAGUUCAGAGUCCAGCAGAGUCCCCGCCAAAUGAAAAAAGCAUAAAAUGUAAAAACCGUUUGUCAGUGUAAUCAAAUACACAUUUACCUUGGAGUUCCCCCUUUUUUUUUUUUGAUUGGUUUGUCAUGUAAACUCACACAGUAAAGCAUCUAUGCCCCACUCCACCAAUCCUUCUCUCCUCACUAGCUAUGGCACUUUGAAAACAAACAAAAUGUCUCUUUUUUGUUUUUGCUUUGUAGUUUUGUCAGUCCUGUGUAAAAGAGGUUCUGUAGCAAAAGUACCUCUGAGGUUUCAGCUACAGGUUGCUACAUUUUGUUUUAUUUGCUCUUGCUGGGAUGCAAAGACAUUCUAAACAAUAAAUUAACCAUGUUCAACACUA